GAAGAAGAUGUAGAUGCUUUUAUUCUGAAAGAAGUUCUGGUGGAAAAUGAGACAAGCCGUAACAUUUGAUAUCAAGUCCCUGACACUUAAAAGUACAGAAAUACCGCCGGGGUCUGGUGUACGCCCGGUGUUUGUCUCGGCGUGAACGCUGGUGCGUCCAUGGGUCGGUCCCCCAGGGCUGAUACCGGCGGUGACUGCAGCAGGUUUAGUGCCCGUCGGGGAGCUGCUGUCAGCGGAAUCUUGGCUGAACUUUGACCCCGGGGCAUCCGCAGCAGCGAAACCUCCGCUGGUUUUCUCGCGUUUCUCGGGCCGCGCCGAGCCGGUGGCCACCCGCGUCCGGACAUGAAGAGGAGACUCCUGCUGGUGUCCAACUCCACCCUGCACGGCAGCGGCUACCUGGACCACUGUCAGCAGCAAAUCUCACACUUCUUCGGAAGAGACGUGGAGAGGGUGCUGUUCGUUCCCUACGCUCUCCAUGACAGAGAUACCUACACCAAAACCGCCAGGGACAAGUUCAAGACUCUGGGUUAUGAGGUGGACGGCAUCCACGAGGCCUCGGACCCGGUCGACGCCGUCAGGAAGGCUGAGGGCAUUUUUAUAGGAGGAGGUAACACUUUCCGGCUGCUGAAGAGCCUCUACGACAGCGAGGUGGUGACAGAGAUCAGGAGGCGAGUGCUCGAGGAUGGUGUUCCCUACAUGGGCUCCAGUGCCGGCACCAACGUGGCCACCAUCAGCAUCAACACCACCAACGACAUGCCCAUCGUCUACCCUCCGUCCUUCUCCGCCAUCGGCCUCGUCCCCUUCAACAUCAACCCGCACUACCUCGACCCCGACCUCCACAGCCGCCACAUGGGGGAGACCAGAGAGCAGAGGAUCACCCAGUACCUCGAAGAACCUGAUACUCCAUGUGUCCUGGGUCUGAGGGAGGGGUCCAUGCUGCUGGUGGAGGGAAACAAAGCCACGCUACUGGGAACCACCAAGGCCAGAUUCUUCACCAGGGGAAAGCCCUCGGUGGAGUACGACCCGGGCAGCGACCUGAGCUUCCUGCUGACAGACGCUCCCUGAUUCACCACCACAGCCUUUCGAAGAUGUUGUUGUGGGUGACAGUACUGAAAGGAUUCUUCUGCUCCAAUCUGAAUAAAUAUUUUGAUAAACA